GAUUACAGCUAUGCUCAGACUACCGUCCCUCAUACCUCUGGAAUGUUUUGCUUCUCUCAGACAGAACCAUCGACGGACCUAAUGAACGGUUCGUCAUGGGCAACAUCCACAGAAGGACCACGGAACUUUCCGGACUUUGCAGACAGUGGAUCGUCCCACUCGGGAGAGAACGAUGAGUUCGUCGUGAUGUCCGGAAGCACAACCCCCAGAGGAUCAAGAUUGAACCGCACAAGGCCCAACGGUUCAUGGACUGCCGCAGGACUCUCUCAGGCUUCUGUUGAUGGACAUGCCAUGUCCCGGAUAGACUCUAGCCGAUCCUCUGGAUCUAUGCUAUCACAUUCAUCACACUCGUCCAACUUGGACGUUGCAGGUAAUGCUUCUGCUUUUCGCCACGGAUCUCACGUUACCGGAACCAUGGUCGGAGCCGAUGCAUGCCUUUUGAUGGACCCUGAUACCACGUCCAUGUCACAAGUGUACUGGCCUACCUACGGUCUGGACAUGGAGAACACACCCCUCUCGAUGCCGGAAGCCAGCCCGAUGCACGUGGUGCCGUCGCAGAUGCAGUUUGGACCUGACGCGAACCUCGCGGACAACACUUCGCCAGGCUCUUGGGCCAACUUCCCUGUAUCUGUGACCCGGACCUCUUCCCCCGCCACUAUCGACGAGACGUGGAUACACGGCCAGGGCCCCAUCAGCCCCCCCAACUCAUCGCCCGAGCUCCACUGCCAGUCUCCGAGUAGUAUGGACUUUGGCAACCAGAUGAACAUUCACGGCGAGGUGAAUGCCACUGGUAUCCCGGGCCUCCCCGAGGGCUUGGCUCUGGCGAGCCCGAUGAGCAACCGCCGGGAGAGCGAGAGCGCCAGGAACCAUGACCUGUACAAGAACGCCAAGCCGCAGGAGGACGGUCUCUUCCACUGCCCCUGGGAGGGAUCUGCCUCCUGCAUGCACAAGCCUGAGAAGCUCAAGUGCAACUACGACAAGUACGUCGACUCCCACCUGAAGCCUUACCGGUGCAAGGAUGCCAUGUGCGAGGGCGCUCAGUUCUCAUCGACGGCUUGCCUCCUCCGCCACGAGCGCGAGGCCCACGGCCUGCACGGUCACGGCGACAAGCCCUUCCUCUGCCACUACGAGGGAUGUGAGCGUGGCGUUCCCGGCAACGGAUUUCCCCGCCAGUGGAACCUCAAGGACCACAUGAAGCGCGUGCACAAUGACCACGGCAGCUCCGGUGGAUCUCCGGCCAACGGCUUGAGUCAGCAACCGACCAAGGGCCGCAAGAGAAAGACAGACGUCUCGGAGAACCAGGCGCCCACCAGCCGCAAGGCGUCCCAGAAGAACAUGCCGGUCAAGGAGCCUCGCCAGACUGCCUCCAACAAGCCCCCUCUGUUGGAGCAGUGGAUGGCCAGCCGAUCCAGGGUCGAGGAGAUGGUUCGCGGCCUCAGCAGCCCCACGGACGUCCGCACGAUCCAGCAGAUUACCGACAUCCAGCACCAGCUGGCCGGCCUGACGCAGCUGGCCGCCGAGCUCGGCCCUCUCGGCGAGCACCACGCCAACAUGAUGACAACCGGUUGA